AUGCAGAAAGUAAAUAAAGCAGUAGAGCAACAGCUCGACCAAGGACUCGAGUCGAGUUGGAACAGAGUACCGAGCUCGAUCGAGUUUAGGGUCGAGUUGAAGUGUAUGCGAACUCGAUCGAGUCGGUCUACUGAGGACUUGGUCGAGCUAGACUUACAACGGGUAGAAAGAGGGUUCAGAGGUCACAGAGGGUACAAGAGGAACCUGAGGUGCUUGUUGCUGAUACAAUGGAUGUACCAGAGGGGAAUGGAAACCCUUUGGGAAUGGACUCGGUCGAGCUAG